ACGAUUCUAUUCUGCGAUGCGUCCACAGAGGCUGCGUCCGGGGAGACGCAAUUUAGCGCCAUGAGCGUACUCUGUCCUUGUUCAACUUGUGCAAGUAACAAGGACAGAGCACGCUCGUAGCACGCUCGUAGCGCUAAAAUAACAUCUGAUAGCAUCUCCCCGAACGCAGCCAGAGUGUAAUUGUGCAUGCAUUGCAACAAUGCAUUACAAUAAAAAGGAAAUCAAGUAUGUAUUUCACUAAAGCAUUUCCGUGUACAACAUAUAGAAACAAUUGCAACAAAGAAUACCAGAUGUAAUUUGCCAGUGCUGCAAUAUUUAUUACAAAAGGAUGUAUAAUACAAUUAUAAUGGCACUUCUAACUAUAUUUAGACCACUUGGUUUUCACCGAAUAUAAUUACGAUGAAAGCCUUGACUGAUUGUAAAUUUGGAAUUUUUCUAACUGUAAACUAUAGGUUUUCAAUUUAACAAUUUAAAUGAAAUUUAAUUCAGGGAAUCAAUCUGUGUGUAUGUACAAGCCCUCCACUAUCUCCACCGAUUACAAUCGCGAUUCCCCUUUCUUUGUCUUAUUAAUUUUACAUUUAUAUUUAAUUUAUUUUCUUACCUUUUAAUUUCACUUGAUUACCCAUACAAUUAUUUUGUGUCGAAUACAAUUUUCUAAUCCUACCUUUCUCCCUGACAUUUCGUACACAGUUUAAUAUUACAUAUGUUAUAAUAUAAAAUCAGAUACCUACAAUUGCGAUCGUCCGAAACUUACAAUUAGAAUAUGCAAACGAAACAUGUGCACGAUGCAUGAAAUUGGAUAUUGCUAAUGAACGAUCGUGUAAAAAAUUGCGCUUCAACUUGACGGAAUGACGAUUACAAUGUUUUCCAGUCUCUGACCAUCAGUUGACGAGUCAUUAUUAAUUCAAGGUCGCCAUCAAUUCUCGUGCAACAGUGUGCUGUGUAUAAAAGAGCCCACGACGUAUAAAGAGCCUGCGGCGUAUGCACCACGUCAUCCAUCGUUCGCUGAUACCAAUCAAUGUGGGUGUUGGCAGGGCGUCAACUCGAGACUUCGGCACCUGCUCACGGCCAAGACAGCGAUCUUUACUUUUCCGUAAGCCCCGAGACUCACUCGGUUGUCGAAGGACUUCCGGUUCGCCUGAGAUGCGAGGCUCAGCCAAGCUCGCAUGUCAAGUACUCGUGGAAGAUAGACGGCCAGCUGCUUGCGCCGAGUCCGCGGAGGCAUCAGGUCGAGGGAGAUCUUUAUAUCACCAGGGUCAAUCGAAUCUUGGACAGCGGGAACUUCGUUUGUGUGGCCACACGCGAGGAUACCGGCUACUCGAUCGAGAGCUCGCCCGCCAAGAUCGACGUUCAAUGGAUCAGCGAGGCGAGCGUGCAGCUGCAACAGCCGAAAUUGCCGUCCGCGAUCCGCGUGGACAGCGAGGUCGAGCUGCGAUGUCACGUCGACGGUACCGGCGACAUGAAAUACGAGUGGUUCAAGAAUACAGUGAGCGUGGCGCGAAGCGAUCGUGUCGAGAUCAAGAAGAAGAAACUGCACAUACACAGAGCGGUCUCCGAGGACAGCGGUAUGUACACCUGUUUCGCAAAGAACGAGGCGGGAUCCUCGCCGAUGACCGAGAGCUACCCGUUAAUCGUUUCCGGAAAUGAAACUGCGACGAUUAAAGUCGUCCCGAGAAACCUGAUCGCCAAGCGAGGCGAGCCGACCAUUCUGCAGUGCGUCUUCGAGGACGCCGACGAUGUACAGUGGUUCUUUAAGGAAAUCGGCCCGCUCGAAUCCGACGAGGAGCGGACGAUCUUCGACAACGGUACUCUCAUGAUACACGCCGCCGAUCAAAGGGACCAGGGAUUCUAUUCCUGCCAUGGGAUAAGGGAUGAGACCACAGUCAGUUACACGGUUGAAUUACAAAUUGCCUAUUUGCUAAAUUUCUCGAUGGCCGCCUUUGAACCGAAACGUCCAACUCAACUGGCGAUUGUCGGAGAGGAUCAAGAAUUCCAAAUAAGUUGCCUGGAACCCUUAGGGCUUCCUCUGCCCAAGGUUUAUUGGAGAGAUCCCACGGGACAUAUUAUAAGCGAUAGCGGUCCCGUGCGCGUUCAAGACAACACGCUCAUCAUCGCGAGGGCACGAAUGGGCGAGGACGACGGCAAUUACACUUGCGUGGCCGAGAAUCUUGCCGGUGAAACGGAUAUAUCCGUCCAAAUAGUUAUAUCAACCCCGCCAAGUAUAAUAAGUUCCCCAGAGUCGCUCAGCGUAAUGGAGGGUGAUUCCGUGACGCUGACUUGUUCGUAUUCCGGCAUGGAACCACCGGUGACGCACGUGCACUGGUUGAAGGACGGGACGCAGCUGAGGGAAUCGGGCGGCCCGACGAGAUACCGCGUGACCGAUAAUCACGGCAAUGUUACGCUGCACUUCAAGAGCGUUGACCUGUCCGACAAAGGGCACUACAUGUGUCAAGUAUUCACUACGGGUUUCCCGUCCCUGUUUUCGGACCCGGCUGUUCUUACGGUCGAGGAAAAGCUCAAGUUCUCGCCGCAACCCGUCAAUAAACGCCUGGAGCUCGGCUCCACGGCGAAGGUGUCGUGUAAGGCCCAGGGUGCCACGAACCCCACGGUGAAAUGGGUCAAGGAGGGCGAGGACGAGGAAUUCCCCAAACACGUUCAGGAUAUUAACGGCACUCUACACUUCAAUGGUGUAUUGGAGGAGGACAAGGGUCGAUACACUUGCAUUGCCAGCAACGCUCAGGGGUCCAUCAAUCACACAAUUAGCAUUGACGUAGUUAUUGCGCCAAAAUUCACGGUACAACCACAAAAUCCAACUGAUGCAAUCGAGGGAUAUCCGGUGAUGUUACAUUGCGCUGCCGAAGGCGAUCCUAAACCCACUAUUCAAUGGGACAAAGAUUCUCGUAUGAACAAUCUGGAUAAUCCUCGAUUCGAGGUAUUGAGUAAUGGAAGUUUGUACAUUAAAGAGGUGUAUCUCAGUGAUGAGGGCAAGUACGGAUGUACCGCUGGCAAUAGCGGUGGUUUAAAGCGAGAGGAAGUUCAGUUAGAUGUAAAAGCUGGAGAUAAUUAUAGAGCCGACAUGGAUCUAGAGGCCACUGAUGACGGUACGAUGAUGACUAAGACUGUAACGAUCACUCUCGGCGCAGCCGCAGGGUAUAUGGUACUUGUCGUUGGUCUCAUGUUAUAUUGCCGUUACCGCCGUCGCCGCAGAAAGCAGCAGUACUUGCAGGAACAAACAGAAGAAAAACUCGAGAACGGCGAUGUACAAGAGGAACAGACAGAGUUGAAGGAAACUGGGAACAAAGUUAAUUCAACGCAUAAGAAGAAAGAGAACCGCGAUUCCCAUAACAAGAGUGACGGCGCGGAUACGGCUCACAGCCAGAGUAGCAACCAGUCUAAGAAAUCCAAGUCGAAUUAUGACAAGAUCGCCGUUUCGCGAAGCAACCUAAAGGAAUUAAAGCCUCUUGGUCGGGGUGAAUUUGGUGAGAUUUAUGCUACCAAGUAUCAGGUAGAUGGUGACAAGGAAUCCUUGGUUAUGGUCAAAAGUCUGACAAGUACGAAAGACGAGACUGCGCUUCAGGAAUUUAAACGACAUCUGGAUCUUGUCCAUAAGCUUAAUCAUGAGAACGUUGUCAAGUUGAUUGGUCUGUGCCGAGAGGAAGAGCCCGAUUACAUGAUUUUGGAGUACACCGACUGGGGCGACUUGAAACAAUUCUUGAUCGCCUCGCGAAAGGACAACAAUUCUAGCCCGACGCAUGAAUCGAAACCAGCACGUGCGCCUCAGCUGUCAGUGGCACAAAUACUGUCGCUGUCGAAUCAGGCCGCGAAGGGUCUGAAACACUUAGCCGAUAACCGACUGGUCCACAAGGACAUAGCCGCGCGCAAUUGUUUGAUCGCCAGCAACCUGACGAUCAAGAUCUCACUGUCGUGCAUGACCAAAGAGCCAUAUCAGCAAGAGUACAUGAAACAUCGGAACCAAGUGAUUCCGCUAAGAUGGCUGCCCUACGAGGCUGUAUACGAGGACGAAUACUCGACCAAGAGUGACGUGUAUUCGUUUUCAUGCCUGGUCUGGGAAAUGUUCCACCAGGGCGAGUUGCCGUUCAAUAAACUAAACGACGAGUCUGUGCUGACUCAGCUCAAGACGCAAACGCUCACGUGGAAGCCACACAAGGCGGCGCCGCCGGCUCUACAGGAGCUGCAAGCUCAGUGCUGGGCGAACGAUCCGCGCGAGAGACCGACUUUCGACGAGGUCGUGUCGAAAAUAGGCGAAAUUGUGGUCGACAGUUGCCUAUAAAGCUGGAAUCGCGACCGAAUUGCGCGAGGCACUAAAUAUCGGAAAUACUGCAAUAGGGGUAAUGAUUGUGUGGAGCUGUACGUUGAGAGGUAAGGCUGACGAGCGCCGAUGACCACGCGGCGGCGAUCCCUCCCAUGCGAAAAGAUGGGACUCGAGGACGCCGCGGUUUCGCGCGCACGCGAGAAUAAUUAACCGGCUUUCAUGUUAAACGCUUCGUAUCGAUUAUAUACGCAUAAUGAAUUAUAGGGAACCCUACUCUUCUGUAAAAGGAAAAUGCCUACUCAUUAAUCAUCGAAUGCGCGACGACUACGUGUCAUGAUGACGUGGCCGCGAACCGUCAUGUAUAGACUUUAUUACGCGGGAUCCGCAACAUUUUCCAUUGUGCGUGUCAUUUAAUGCACCCCGUUGCAUUAUAGAUACCUCCCGUAAUCAAGUGAGUAGCAUCUUCAAUGUACGAGGAGAGUUUUAAUAUAUUUUAUAUAUGGAGCUCGCUUUAGAGAUUCAAGUAUCGUGGUAUUUUCAACAAUCUAGCAUUUUCCUAUCGUUACACACAAACAUUAUUUUCCGAAGUCGCGCGAGCAAUCUCCACUGCGCGAUUAUUCAACCUUGUGUCUCGAUCUCCUCCACUGCUUCCCUGUUAUCAGGUAGAACGAGAUAAAACCAUUGGUUCCGCAAUAAUUAUUCAUAUUACAGUAUUUUGUCGCGCCCACUAGUUCGAUAAGAAAAUAUUUAUUUCGAAUAGCAUCUCCGCUCCAAUGACUGUUCUUCUAUCGUCGAACUAAGUAACGAUCUGCAUGGGCCCAUUACACGUUAUUACGCAAUUAAUGCAAUACUUAGUAUACAGUAUCGAUAUAAUAAUAGGUAUCAUCACCACACAUCGAAUACUCGUAAGAUACGUUUAAUUGUUAGGUGAGCCGAGGCCCAGACACCGAUAACGGAAACGUUCGACCGGAUUGUUCGCGGUCUCGAGUCAACGUCGGUGACUGGGCUCGGCGCUGCAAUGACAUGCAUAUUAAGAAAGUAUCGCGACCAUAUCAAGUGACGAAGGGAAAUCUUAUCUCCGCCUAUUUACUUCUACGCCGCUAAGAGAUAUAAGGGGAGACCUUUUAUAACGUAUAUUAUUUAUAAACGUAUAUAUUUAUGUGUGAUAACAACGCAAUCGACCACUCGUAUUUGACGAAAAAGACGGCCUUGUAUAUAUACCGUUGGUGUACGUGUAAGUUGUUUUUCUUUUAAGCGCGAAAGACUAGCGUCAAUCAAUCGUGUUAAUUUUCAUUAGUGAGAUUCGAAUCCCCCGAAUGGCUCUUUCGAAUAAUUUCCUACAUAUUGGUAUCAGAGGUGACUGGAUCAUGGCGCGUACGGCUGGGUGCCGGUACGCAACAAAAUGUUAAGGAUAAAACAGCAUAUACAGAAUGACACUUGUAAAACCUAUUUUUACACGCGGAAAUUAGAGUCGGUCGCGGAUCACGCCCGCGAUACUUUGGCGCUCGGGAUCCACGGUUCGACAAGUAGCGCGAACAAUCUACUUGACGCGAUGGUCCAAUGAGAAUGUGCUGAAUAUAUAUUUCACUCCGUAUCCGAUUUAUACAACGAAUAUCAAUGUUUAUAUUUUAACGGUAUGUAAAUCUUAACGCGUCGCCCCUAUUUUUGCAUUUUAUUCUACUAUAAGAGACUGUAAAGGAGAGAACUCGCGAGGCAAUUGUGGCGCGCACGUUUGCUUCUUCCACUUGAUGCAAGACUUCCGUUGACGCUUCAUGAGCCGAAUGUUCGCAGGGUACAAAGAAAAGGGAACCAGCGGUAACGGCGUUAGAAAGCUCGUAACGAGAAAUAUUCAGACAAGUAAUAUUAUUCGACCGGAACCGGCAGAAAUUCUCGGAGGAUUAAUGCGCGCAUAGAGAUACAAAAGCUCUGACAUAUCUGUUGGUUCAUCAAAAUAUCUUCCGAGAACUUCUUCUUUUCGAGAAAAGCAAUUACGAGUGAAUCUUCGGCUCUGUGCAUGCUAAUAUAAAUAUGAUGUAUCAUAUACGCAUAUUAGAUAUACGAAGCACCGACGUAUAACACUGCCAAUGAUAAAUGCGACUGUUCUCCAAUUUAAAGCACUCUCUCGUCAUACCGGAAAAAAAGCGCGAGGCAAACCGCGAAGGCACUUUGCCUGUCGAAGCACCGUCGUGCAUUCGUGGACGCUCUAAUUAAACAUAUGUAAAAGCACGAGGUGAAAUAAUCUUUCCAGGUAUCGGAUCACCCGAGCUCUCCACGAGCCAAUUUUAUAAAUGCUUCCUAAAUGUUCGCUAUACACGUCAAGAAAUAUCCCCGUAAUCAGUGAUGACGAGCGUACUCGGUAGUAUCCGUCGCGUACUUCUCACAUUUAAUUUCAACAAGAUCACUCGCCGGAUGCAGGGUGGAUCAAAACUACGGAAAAGCUAGCGGAGAUCGGUAAUGUGUCCGGAGAGUGCUUUCGCAGUAUGAUAAUUGGACAGUUUUGUCGUUCAACGGGGAGGAAUCCUCGUCCAAAUGAAUGAAUGAAGGAGUAUUGAGUUGCACGCGGAAAGUACGGGGACACGUGUGAGAAAAUGUGUUUAAAGUACGACUCGAAUACGGCUCCGUCACUGUUUGUAACAUAAACUUACGUUAGGAAUAUACAUUACAGUGAUCUCUACUCCGCAAUUACGAGUAUGUAACGUUAAGAUGAAUUAUCCAAGCCCUACGUGCUCAUAUCAUUCGCUCAGAUUUUUAUCGUCAACUAUCAUCACUGCCAUAAAUGAAAGCGACAGGGCACGCGCCCCGGGUCGCUGUGCCGGCGAGUUUCGUCAAGGCUAAUACCUAUUAUGUCCGAUAUGUCUAGUCAUAUACGAUGACAGAGUGAACAGCGUACGGGGGAGCUCAUUGGAAUGACGUUCAUAUCCUUAGGCGUUCCAAAUCCAUUUCUUUUCUUUUACAGUAUUUUGUAAAUAUUUCUACUUUUUUAUCUACAUUGUACUUAUCAAUUUUUGGAAUAGUAUGUGCUACGACUAAAUAAAGACGAGAAAAC